AUUUAUUUUGAUGUCCAUUUUACCCCCCUCCCAGGUGAGAAAGAAGACAAAGGAGCCAAAACUCCCAAAUAGGCUUGGGAAAUCCCAGUACAAAGCCUAGUUCUGUUUAAGGCUGGUGAGAAGUAAGUGCCAGUUGUUGGCACAACCUCUAUAAAGGAUGAUGUGGGGAGGAAGAAUCCUGUUGCUGUGCUUGAUAUGCCUAGCCUUCCAACUCAGUGCUACGUGCCUGCCGGGCAGUCGUGCUUGUGAGCCUGCCAGCCUCUCUUCUGUGGAUGCAUGGAUCUGCUCCAUAAUCGGCUCCCUGCUUGUGGGGCUUAGCGGGGUCUUUCCACUGCUGGUCAUUCCCAUUGAAGCCGGGGCAGAACUUCGGUCAGAAAAGAACUCUCAAAGGCUAAAACAGCUCCUGAGCUUUGCAAUUGGUGGAUUACUGGGCGAUGUGUUCCUGCAUCUGUUACCGGAGGCCUGGGCUUAUACCUACAGUGCAACAACAGAAAGUGGCCAGAGAGAGUCUGAUGAACGGAAAGCACAAGAACAACAGCAAGCAGAAAUGCCAAACGCAGAAAAGUCAGCCAAAACGGACAAUGGAGAGAUCCGGCAAAGCGGGCUAAAGGACCUCGCCGCGCCCCAAGAGUUAAUUGUGGGCUGUCCGUGUCAAAUGCCUGCCGGGAAAAGCACAUGUGAAGUGCGAUGGAUUCAAGCGUGGCUUGUUCUCUUGUUACACACGAUAGGCCUGACAGAAAAUCAUUUUGAAAUGUUCCCAUUAUGUAAACUCGUGGCAUCGUUACCCUAGCAGUGGUAAUAAAAAUCUGAGGGGUC